GAGCGGCACAGUUGACUCAGUUGAGCCUGCACCGGCCCGACACACACACACACAGGCUUGCUUUCCUCUUACACACACACAGACACUCAGAGAGCCACCGUCUCUCUCUCACUCUCACUCGCUUGCUCUCACAUGCUCUUGCACACACACACACACACACACACACACACACAGAGACUCAGGCGCUCAGCUCAGUUCCUCAGCGGCUGCAGCUGAGUACAGAGGAGUCAGAGAGAAAGAGAGAGAAGCAGGGAGAGAGGAAAAAGAGAGAGGACAGGCGGCACGGCACGGACGUCGAGAGAGGGACACAAUCACAGAGAGGGAGAGAGAGAGAGAGAGAAUAAGGGAGAGAGAGAGAGAGAGGAGCGGGAGGCAGGGAGAGCUGGAUAGCGGUGGCUCACUCCCACACCUCAUCUUCACUUUGCUGGGACAGGCACAGAAUUGAUGUCCAAGGAGGCAGAGUUGGAUGUGAGAGGCAGUGAGUGCGACACAGUCCCACAAGAGCCCAGCACAGACCCGGAGCCGCCCAGGCCACCUCCAGCUAAGGCUAACGGACCCACCGGCACCGCUGGCGUUUGCACGAGCAUCCCCUCCAGUAGCCACAGUAGCAGCAGCACCAGCAGCAGCAACAGAAGUGGUCUGGGUGGCAUUAGCAUCGUUAGCAGCAGCGCUGAGGGAGCAGGCGAAAGCUCCAUGCAGUUCAGCACCAGACCGCCUAGUGCUGAGCAGCCGGGCUUCAUGGGGACAUGGCAGCAGCAGAGCACUGACAGCAACCUUCUCUACAGAAUGUCCCAGCAGGGUGCUGUAACGCGGCUUCCUUUGAAGUGCGACAGGUCGACUAUGGGCCGAGACCUGGAAGAGGCCAUUCGCUGCACACUGGUGAACUGCACAUGUGAGUGUUUCCAGCCAGGGAAGAUUCACCUACGAACAUGUGACCAGUGCAAACACGGCUGGGUAGCUCACGCUCUGGACAAGCUCAGCACCCAGCACCUGUACCACCCGACCCAGGUGGAGAUUGUUCAGUCCAAUGUGGUGUUUGACAUCAGCAGCCUGAUGCUUUACGGCACCCAGGCCGUACCGGUCAGGCUCAAGAUCCUUCUCGACCGCCUCUUCUCUGUGCUGAAGCAGGAAGAGGUGCUGCACAUCCUGCAUGGCCUGGGCUGGACCCUCCGAGACUACGUCAGGGGCUACAUACUGCAGGAUGCUGCAGGCAAGGUGCUGGACCGCUGGACCAUCAUGUCCCGAGAAGAGGAGAUCAUCACCCUGCAGCAGUUCCUGCGCUUUGGUGAGACUAAGUCUAUUGUAGAGCUGAUGGCCAUUCAGGAGAAGGAAGGUCAGGCAGUUACAGUUCCCUCCUCCAAGACAGACUCCGGGAUUAGGACAUUCAUUGAAAGUAACAACCGAACCCGCAGCCCCGGGCUUCUGACACACCUGGAAAACAGUAGCCCAUCAAGCAUUCACCAUUUCGAGAAUAUCCCCAACAGCUUAGCUUUCCUCCUGCCCUUCCAGUACAUCAACCCAGUCUCCGCCCCCAUGCUUGGAUUGCCCCCCAAUGGCCUGCCUAUGGAGCAGUCUGCUCUCCGGCUCCGGGAGCCCAGCCUGCCAAACCAAGGUGAACAGGUGGAUACCAGUGAGUCAGAAGUGUCCCUGUCACCAUUCCGUACAGGCCAGAGCCCUAGCCGUGGAGCCCUGGGAGCCAUGAACAACAACAUUGAACCCAAGACAGAGCCCAACAACAGAGCAUCACCCAUCUCUCCAACCCCCUCUACCCAGCAGGCUCAACAACAGCAGCAACAGCAGUCACAGCUCCAGCAACAACAGCAGCAGGGCCAACAGCAGUCCCAAAAUCAGCCUCAGCAAACCAACAGCUUGAGUGACCACCAGGUCCACCACCACUUUGUAAAGGACGAGCAUGCUAAAACCAUCACCCAUGCUUCCUUUUCCUCCAAAAUGCACCGCAUGCGCCGCAUGGGAUCAACCUCACGCAAGGGUCGUGUGUGCUGCAACUCUUGUGGCAAAACCUUUUAUGACAAAGGCACACUUAAGAUACAUUAUAAUGCUGUACACCUGAAGAUUAAACACCGUUGCACCAUUGAGGGCUGCAAUAUGGUCUUCAGCUCACUACGCAGCCGAAACCGCCACAGUGCCAAUCCCAAUCCACGGUUGCACAUGCCCAUGCUGCGCAAUAACCGCGACAAGGACCUCAUCCGUGCCAAUUCAACCCCUGGGACACCUGUCAUCUCAAGCACCAAGAACGGUGGCUUCACACUCACCAGCCCUGGAAGGCCACCACUUGGUUUCACUACUCCACCAGUAGACCCUAUGCUUCAGUCACCCCUGCAAAGCCCACUGGUGUUCCCCACCCUGAAGUCGGUGCAGCCAGUCCAGCCAGUGCCCCCAUUCUACCGUACACUACUGUCCCCUGCUGAUCUUGUCAGUCCUCCAGUGUCACUGCCCACCAGCCCCAUCCUGCCCACCACCACCAACAGUACCACCCUGAUGGACCAACAACAGCAGAUCCUGGCUGCUGCAGCGGCGGCUUCACACAACAAUAUUCAUAUGUCAGAGGCCGGACCCAUGUCCCACCGCUUACAUACACAUAAUGCCAAUCACGACCACACCACUGGCAUCAUAGACCCCACGCCCAAAAAGAAGCCUCGUAAAUCUAGCAUGCCAGUGAAGAUUGAGAAGGAAGUAAUUGAUGUAGCAGAUGAAUACGAUGACAAAGAUGAUGAUGACGAUGACCUCCACCAUAAUCACCAUCAUCACCAGUCAUCCCUUCUUCACAACAAUGUCAAAAUGAACGGUAACUGUAACAGCAACAACAAUAGCGGAAAUGGUAAUGGGAAUCACAGUGGUGGAAGUGGGCAGCAAUCCCCUUCCCAGGAUGAGAUGAGCCCUGGCUUAGCUCUAAGAGGCAUGAUGAGACAGAGUGAAGAUGAAUGUAGGGAAGGGACUGGUAGUGACAGCAGGGGUGGAAAUGAUCUUCAAGGCUCUGGUGAGCUACGUUGUAUGGACAGCUUCACCUCUGAGGACCAGGACCAUGAGAGAGACUUUGAGAAUGAGUCUGAAACCUCUGAUUCCAAGAUGUUCUACCGUGAUGAGCUGAUAGAUGUGGAGGAACAGCAAAAACACAUCAGGGGCGGAAGGGGUCUAGACAAGGAACAGGAAGAUGAGGGUGGUGAGGAAGCCCAUUUGAGAAAGGAAAUGGAAGGCAAGGGUCAUUCCUCACCCUCCCCUCAUCUGCCCCCUAUCAAGAUCAAGGAGGAACUCAACGAUCCUACUUAUGACAUGUUCUGCAUGGGCCAGUAUGGCCUCUAUAAUGGAGGCAUGGCCGCCGCUGCUGCCGCUGCUGCAAGCAUGGCUGCUCUGCACGAGAGCUUCAUCUCUUCAAUGAGCUAUGGUGCCAGCCCACCCAAAUUCCCUUCUUCUCAAUCACCAGAGGGAGACCCAUGCUCAAGUCCUGACCCCAAGAUCUGCUAUGUGUGUAAGAAGAACUUCAAGAGCUCCUAUAGCAUGAAACUGCACUACAAGAAUGUGCACCUCAAAGAGAUGCAUGUGUGCACUGUGGCUGGCUGCAACGCUGCCUUCCCUUCCCGGAGGAGCCGAGACAGGCACAGCUCCAACAUCAACCUGCACCGCAAACUGCUGACCAAAGAGCUGGACGACAUUGUCCUGGACCCCCAACUCACGCCACUGCCCAAGGACCUGCGAGCCGAGUUACUGGCCAAGAUCUACGCCGGGCACCACAUGGGCUUGGACCCUAUGGCCGGGAUGGGCAUCGGAGGCGCCAGCCUCGGGCCCACUGGCCUGAACCACAGUGUCCGUUCCCCCAUGAGCAUCGAGUAUCCCCACCACCCUCUCAACCAAAACCUUAAAAACCACCACACCAACGGCUUCUCCCGGGGCCAGCCAGACGAGUACAUGGUGUUGGACCUGAGCACCACAUCUAGUGUUCAAUCCAGCAGCAGUCUCCACUCCUCACAUGAGUCAGACGAGGGCAGCGAUGAAGGCAUCCUAUUGGAUGACCUGGAGGAGGAGGGAGAAGAGGACGAGGAGGAGGGCAACAGUGAGGGGGAGGACUGCUCCCAGCGCGCCGAGGGGCGGGCUGAAGGGAGGCAUCGGGAUGAGACUGGAGAACUAAGAGGAGAAGGACAUGGUGAGAGGUUGGAACCUUCCUCCUCACCAUUCCUCCUUUCGUCCACCGGGGGCAGUAAUUGUGGCAGCAGUGGGAUCCUCUGCAACAUCUGCCACAAAAUGUACAGCAACAAAGGGACCCUGCGUGUGCACUACAAGACAGUGCACCUGCGCGAGAUGCACAAGUGCAAAAUCCCCGGUUGCAACAUGGUGUUCAGCUCUGUGCGCAGCCGUAACCGACACUCUCAGAACCCCAACCUCCAUAAAAACAUGCCCUUCUCUACAAUAAUAGACUAAAUAAUGACUUGCUACUCUACCCUGCUGUCAGUCUGCCCGCUCCUCCCUUCAUUCCUCAUCCUUAUUCCUCCUCAAAUUAGCUUUUAACCCCAGCCCAGGGCCAUCAAAUACAAGCUAAAUGCCUGUAUGCCUCCUGCCCGUCCUCUGUAAGUCAUUGUAAGACAUUUCUAUGUCCCUCUAUAAAAUUCAUUGACUCUAAAUACAGUUUAUUAUUGUGACCUUUGACUUUUCCUUCUUUGGAAGAACAGGAUGACGCUCUUGAGCAUGGAGUUUACUUUAUAACAAAACUCCAGUUGUUUUUUUUCAUAAGCCCCUCCAUCUUUCCUUUCAAACGUCAUCCCCACUUUGUUUUUUAUGUCCGUCUCCAAAGAAUCUAUUCAAACUCUUAUUUGUGACUUUGCCUGCAGAAAUGAUAAUAUUGAAAAAAAAAAGAAAAUCUUCUUGUUGUAUUUGUGUAAUGAUAGCUUUUAAAUGAACCCCUUACAAAAGCAUGACAGCUUCAUUUGUAAAUAAUGUCCCAAGAGGCUUUUGAUGUAAAAGAGUUGUGUUGAUGGUUGUUUGCUUCUUUUUUCUCUCUCUUUAUGGUUUUAUGUUACAGUCCAGUACAAUACUUCCAGCUAUAGGCAAGACAGAGGUAGCAUCUUACUAGCUUGACUCACUUAUGUUAGCUUCAAAAACACAUUUUAAACUGAGUCCUAGGAAAAAAAAGAAUAUCAUGUGGCUUGUUUUAUCUACUUGUUAGAUAUUCAGAGGUUGCCGGCAUGCUUUUUUAGGCUCCUACACUGAUAUCAUUCUCUGUAUUUCUAUUGAUUUUUUUUUGUCUGUUAUGUUUAUGAGCUUUAGUAUACCAAUUCAGUUUUUGCACUUUGCAUCUAUACAAGGGGAUGUGUAAUAUUAUUAUGAGGACUUUUGCAAUGGUAAGUUUAGGUGUUGUUUGGGGUCACUGAUGGCUACAGUGCCAAGGGAAAUGACAGUACCUUCAAAAUACUUGUGCCAGUUUCUUUUUGCACGUGCUCAUUUUCGAACACAGUUUGACAACAGAAAACAUCUUGAACAAAACCUGAGAUCUUCCCCCAUUGCUAAACAACGUAUCCAGAGAGUGUCUUGCUUCAAAACAAAUCCAGGUGUGACUGAAUAUACAUUGCUGUUUCACAAAGACAGAGGAGUUAAAUAUCGAGUCUCUCUCUCUCUCCCUCUCUCUCUCUCUCUCUCUCUCUCUCUCUCUCUCUCUCUCUCUCUCCUCUUUGUUUAAGGGGUAAUUUGUGUAUGGUUGCCAAUUAUGAUCACAAUAAUAACUUCAGAGUUAUGGUAGGGGUAAUCUGUGUAAAACUCACGUUGGUUCUCACAAAAGGCAUCUUAAUGAAACAUGAUUGUCCCAUAGAUUUGAAAAAAAAAGAGAAAAGAGAUGAAAAUAGUCCUUCAACUGUGACCAAAACAAAAGUGUUUGCUUAAGCAAAACUCUUUCAGUGUGACAUUGUACUUAAAUCGUGCCCCAUUGGAUUAAUAUGAUGCACUUCAGUCUUAAAUCUUUUGCUGUGAUAUUUUCGGUAUCGGUUUCCAUUGCUGAGUGUCGGCUACAAAUGUACUCUAUGAAAAGUGUUGCCAUUUUGCUGGCUGUUGGUUGCAGCCUUUUUUAAUAUGUCCAUGACUGUCUCACGGUACAAAUAUUUCCAGUAACUGGGCAAAAGUAGCCAAGGGAAGGGGUAUUUAUUGGUGGGUGAUGUAUCUUCAUGGAGAUGUUUUUGUCCAGUAUAAGAAUAUUUUUUGUAAAAAGACAAAAAAUAGAGAUUGUUCCUCAGUUUGACUUCUGUUUCAAUGUAUUAGCAAUGCCAUGUGUUACUAUACAAGGAGAUCUUGUCUAACUUGACUGGUGCUACACACAGAGGGAAAAAUAUGCAGUGUUAUGUGGUGUGCUGUACAGUAUUCACAAUACCCUACAUCCAUAACAGUGUUGAGUUCCAUUUGUUUCAUACUUAAGCCAUUUUGCAAUAUAGACAUGACCUAUUCUAGUGAAAUAUUUCACGUCCUCUUUUUUUAAGACUCCACCUAUAUGACACAUGCAGUUUUCAGUCCUCUCUUCUCGGAGAUAAAGAGAGUGAGACAGAGAGCUGAGGCUGAUGGAAAGGUUGCGGAGGUGGAAGGCUGACUAGGGAGGAAAGGAUGACAGCAACGAUCAUUAAAAAUGUGCUGCUUCUCCGUUACCUGGAGGCAUCCCUGCCAUUCCAGCUUCUUCUGUCUAAUAACUCACUUGUCACUUCGUUACACUGCCAGACGCCAAGGUUGCUGACAAGACUGUGACACUGACAGAAAGAGAAAAAGAAGGAAAGAGAUUGUGUGCUCUGAACAAUUCAAUUUGACUCACCCAAUUUAGCUGAAUUCAAUUCAUCUAUUCAUUUUCUAUGUGUGCCUAUUUUUAUUCAGGGUCACUGAUAAUUCAAUUCAAUUCAAUUCCUUUCUCUCAUUCUGCUUUUCUCUUUGUCUGUCAGAGCACAGUCAUUUAACAACCGCCUUACCCAUUUCUUCAACCCGCCACUCACUUACCACCUCCACACCCCACAGCGCAGGUCCUACAGGGACACACACUAAUAGUGUAUGCUUAAGUUCACCGGACGGCCAUGGCAUAGGAAAAAGGGAUGGGUAAUUGCCUGUUUAUCCCAAGUGAAGGGAAAAUUGAGUACAGGAACCCCUGCCUUCUCCCAGGAGUGGGUUUCACUGAGGCGCUUGCUGCCUCAUUCACUCAUUCAAUCCCCCCGGCCCUCGCUCUGGCAGAAAUAAAAAAAGUGCUACUCGAGGAACCCUGCUGACAGCUGUCUCUCUAACACACAACCAUACAAAUGCACACACAUGCACACAGAGGAGAGUGGCGCACACUCACAUAUGCUUCCUACUUACAGGCCAGAAGGAUGACAAGAACUAGAUGACUUGUUAACCUCUAGUGAUGGAGGAGACAGGGGCAGAGAAAAAUAGAGAGUAUUCUCACCACAGGAAAUGAAACUCUCCAUCUACCAUUAACAUUAUAGCUGCUGCCACGACACAGAAAGCUAACAUUCCAUUAUGGAGAUUGGUGUGAGCUAGUAUUGAGUCAGACAUGAAAAGUCCAAAGCUAUUAAUAUUAUUAUUUCAUUUAAAUGUCCUAACAUAUCUAACAGCUAAUGAUUUGGACAUUUUACCUAUAAGGAUAGUGGCUAAUUAAAUACAUCUAUCAAAAAGGCCAGCAACCUCACAGAUUGAUUUGACCUCUGUAGAAUUAAAAGAGCUGUGCCCAACAUAUCAAAUUAAUAUAAAUGUGCUCUGACCAAUAACCUCAGCUUCGAUGCCCUUCUUGAUCUGAGAAAACCAAGUUUUCUCCUACGGGCUCCGAGUCCUGCACGGUACUGGUCAUGCCAGCAGGGCUAAGAGCUGCGAGAGGCUGGAAACAGAGCUGAGAAAACAUGCAAACGACUGUCCAGCAUAGCCAGGCAGACAGACGGCAGGAGAGAGAGAGCAGGAAGAGAUGGUGGAAAGGCAUUGGGCUUAGAAAGUGGUCUGGCUGGAGCCUCGCGGCAGUCACUUAACAAGGCAGGGGAGAAAGCGAGGAACACAGGGAGAGGAGAGAGCAAGAGAGCAGCAGGGCCAGGACUCCCCAGGACUCAUUGCCAACUUCUUUUUGAUUGCCUGCUGGAGAGCGAUCGAGCCACCCCUUACAUUUCCACCCCUCUCCCCUACACUUUCCUCUCCUCUGAGAAAUGACCACCAAUUUCCCCCUCUCCUCUGAGAAAACCCCAGAAUCCAAUCCUUGUCUUUUUUACUUCUCCAACCACACGGGCCCAGGUGCAUUCUGCUACCUUGUGACCGGGCCGUGGAUCCGCAGGAACGCGCCACUUAGAGCAGCCUCUUUGGCCCAGACCACUGAAGUGAAUCUUUAAUAUUUGAUUAGACGAGCGUCAAGCAUCAAUUAUUCUGUAAUUCUACAUAGCACGCAGAGGGUGAAUGGGAUGGCAAACGGUUGAAGCGCCUGACCUGUUAACCACUGUCCAUUUUGUUCUCGUCACAGAGUGAGUGAGUACAAUAGGUGUAAGUAGAGAUGUGACACCGCAUGCAAACUGUCCAGUUAAUGUAGCUUGUGGAACAAAGUGGGAUUAAACGAUGGGACAUCAUAAGAAAUAUGCAGAUAGUAGAAAAAUACACACAUACGUGGGUUUGUAUAGAUGCUUCAGUCUCAUGUGUUAUGUUCUAAAAAAAAAAAAAAAACACUCAUUAAUCUGAACUGGAACCUGUGAAAUGUCAAUGAUCCUGAUAAAAAAAUUACUGUAAAUUCAUAUAAUGUUUUCCAUUGUGCCAAUUAUAUUUUACAGUCUUAAAAUAUAAAUAAGCUUGAAGACCUUGUGAAUUUAGAUUUUUAUUUUCACUUGUGUUUUUGUGUAUCCAAUGCAUUUGUGUCUGUGUCUUUAAAAGCCUCCGUUAUGGCACUGGCACUCAACAGCGUUGCAUGGCUACAUAGUCGCACUGCAAAGAACAACACUUUGGUGUCAAAAUGGUGAUUUGGAAGCCUCAUGAAUACUGUAUGUUACCUAAACAGGUGUUUCCCAUUUGCAGACAGGAGGAAAAAAAAUGGUCCUCUUUUUAAAAGACUCUUGUUUCUUUUUUUCUUUCUUUUUUGCCUUUCUUGUAUUGUUUCUGUAUCAUAACUCUCUAUGGUUUUUGCAUAAAAUGCAUAAGGGUUUUGGGAUGUAAAUGGAAUUUUAUUCAUAUUUUGUCCAAAUACCUCUUGUAAUUUGUAUCAGAAUUCUUGUACAAUUUUUAUAUUAAAGAUUUAUCAGUCA